UUGGCUUUAGCUUGUUUCAAAAACCCUAUAAAACCCAAAUCACAGAAAUGAAAUCUAAAACCUCCCAAAAGAGUGAAAACCCUACACCAGAGAAGACGAGGCUUUUGGUGAGAUUAUAAAGAAACAGAUAGAGAAAAGAGAAAAAUGGCGAUGUAUCUGAGACGGGCGAUUUCUUCUAGAAAUUCAAUUAUGCUUCUUCGCAGCUGUAAUUGUAUCAUACAAACUCGCAAUAUCUCCCACCAUCUCCUCUCCAACUCUGGAAUUCGCGAAGCUCAAAAUUUGCCUUCCUUUGAUUUCCUCAAAGACCAUCGUCGAGGCUUUGCCAAAGGCAAAAAAUCAAAGGAUGAUUAUGCCGGAGAUACGGUUCAAGUUGUACAUGAUAUUGGACCCACUAUUAAGGCAGGUGCUGCCUCGCAGAUGGAAGCAGCAAUAGUCGCAUUGUCUCGUGAAUUAGCCAAAUUACGAACCGGACGGGCAUCUGCAGGAAUGCUUGAUCAUAUCAUUGUUGAAACAGAUGGUGUAAAACUGCCUUUGAGUCGGCUAGCUGUUGUUGCAGUUAUGGAUCCUAAAACCCUAUCUGUGAAUCCAUAUGAUCCAAACACCAUCAAAGCACUAGAGAAGUCCAUUGUUUCUUCACCGUUGGGUUUAAAUCCUAGAGUGGAUGGUGAACGAUUAAUUGCAUCUAUACCACCAUUAACCAAAGAGCAUAUGCAGGCUAUUUGUAAGGUGGUCUCCAAGUCUUGUGAAGACGUUAAACAAAGUAUAAGAAGGGCUCGCCAGAAGGCAAUAGAUACAAUAAAAAAAGCAGGUUCAAGUUUUUCUAAGGAUGAUAUCAAGAGAUUAGAGAAAGAGGUUGAUGAGUUGACAAAAAAGUAUGUCAAGUCAGUAGAAGAUAUCUGUAAAGCUAAGGAAAGGGAAAUUAUUGGAGGCUGAAGCUUUGAGCAUCGAAAUGUUUUUUUGAAGAUAAAUUAAGGCUACAACACUUGGUUAGAAAUACCUAGAUUCCAAUUUUAAUUAUCAAAAUCCACUGAUAAUCAAUAUUCAUAACGUUUCUGUAGCACUUAAUAUUUUGAUUUGAAGAUAAAGUGAGGCUAAGUUCAUGAUUCACG